AUGACUAUCCCGGUUAUUUGGAGCCCAGUGGACUUGCAGAGGGCCUUUGAGUCCGGAGGGGAUUGCGCGUCUCCGCAUUAUUUAGGGUUUGUCGAUGGUCCAGGGGUUUGGUGGUGGCCGCCACAGCUUGUGGCACUGCGCGGUGUUCCGAGGCGGAGGGAAAUUUCUCUGUGGGAUCUUUACGUCGGAGGAGAGAGAUUCACCAAUACGUGGCUUGGCACUGUCGGAGGUUGCGGAGUUUUGGUUCGUUGUACGGUUCACAGUGGUUGCUGCAUCAGGGUGUCCUGUCGGGCUGUAGUGUCAAGCCCCCGUGGUUUGAGGAGCAUGAGCGUUGUGUGGAAGGUGAUUUCGUGUCUGCACGACUGAUCCGUUUCCUGUGCCGGAGAGGGUCCAGCCUGGCUUGAAUGGAAGUCGCGAAGUGCUUUUUGGUGGAGAGCACUUGAGGCGCUCGAGGUUUUGCUGUAUUCUUCAACGCCUGGUGCAUGUGUAUUUGAGAAGCGGCGCUGAGCGAGUCGUGGUGGAACGUUUGCGGACAAUCUGAACUAUGAGAUGUGAUUUUCUUAAAACCUGAUUGAGAAACGGCAAUCUUACUUGUCAUCCUUGCGUCGGCGGCAGUUUGUUGAAUUGCAAUUUAACUUCUUUCGGUAUUCACUAUAACAAAAGUUCUCUAGAGUGACUUGUGUACUUUGUUACAUAGAUAUUUUAAAUGUUUGAACUUUGCAUCUUGUUGGUAGAUUAUUUCAUUUUUGUGUAAAAGUUUUAGGUAGAUUUCUUUAAGUAGAAGUAAUUUCAGGUUUUGAUGUUUGACAUAGGAUUAGUAAUUUUUAACAUAGGUUGAAAUGAGGUUAAUUGAAAUAUGUACGUAAAUUAAGUGAUGGUUUGGUUUUAGAAGUAUAGAUUCAUUUUGUUGGAUAAAAAAAUGGUAUGGUUUGUGGAACAAUUCAUAUAAAAGAGUUUGAGAAGAUUGUUUGAAAUUC